GGCGCCAGCUCAGGGGCAGAUUGACCCGAGUUAUUGUAAGGCGGCCAACGUGCAGCGAGGCAAGAGGUAGAGAGAGGAACGAACAUGAGCUAGUUGACCGCGAGGAUUUAUACUACGCAUGGGUCAUCCAUGAUCGAUCGAUCCGAUUCCUUCCCCCGCCUCGUGCAGAUGCAUUCGUUCACCAUCUCGAUGAGCGCCAUCUGAUUGACUCUGGCAUCCAAUCACACCCACUCCCGCGCGCCACCACGCUCAUCGCCAUCUACUCCUCCCUCGACCCGCUCUUCGUGUCAAGCACAGGCGCCUGCGCGCGCUGCUUCUUGGCGCGCCCGGCAUGGGUAGCUGCGUGAGCAAGAAGGCCGCGCACGGCAGUGCCGAGGCCAAGGUGGCGCCGCCGCUCCCGCCGGAGAAGGAUAAUGCCUUGCCUCCGCCGCCCGUGGUGGUGGAGGAGGAGGUCAAGGAGGUGUUGUCGGAGACGGCAGUGCGGCGGACAAGCCCGCCGGAGCCGGAGCCGGAGCCGCAGCCUGAGCCUGAGCCUGAGCCUGAGAAGGAGAAGAUGGUACAGGAACACGAGGAAGGCGAUGCUUCCGAUAGCGUGUCGGUGGGUUCCUCCGUGGUGGACAAGGCGAUGGUGAAGGCUGGAAGGGAGCAGGAAGUGGAGAAGAGGACGGUGGACGUGCCGGAGAAGGGGAGGGCCAGGAGGAUGGAACCGGAGCAGAAGAAGAAAUGCAAGGACGCCGGGAACGGCAGGGCGCGGUCGCCGUCCCCUGCGGCGAAGCAGAGGAGGUCGGGGACCAAUGUCAGCGAGCAGCCGGUGCCGCCGCGGCCGCGGCGAGAGUCGCCCGCGGUGGUGUCCGGCAUCGGGUGCCGCAGUGGCAGAUUCUCCCCUUCCGCAGCGAGGAGGGCCGCCGAGAGCGCCGUCAGACGGAGCUACUCCGCAAGGGAAGCCGACAUGGCGCUGCCGUCGUCUGCCAAGCGCUCCCUCAACACAAACAUCAACGGUAACGGAGGGAGUGGCGUCAGGCGGGACCCUGGCGAGCAUUCUGGCAGGAGGUCAGAUUCCCCGUCUAGGCGCCCGCCGGCCUCUCCGGCAGCAAACGGCGCCAUCAGCCGGCAAUCGAGCGCCACCCGGAAGGCUCCGAAGGAGAGCACCAGUUCGGAGAAAACCAAGCAGCAAUGCGGCCGCGGACGGGCCCCGAUGGAGGUUGGAGAUGAACUCGACGAGGCGCCAUUGGCAGGAAAAGAGCGCAGGGAGGCGGCGGACGCCGCGAUGGGCCAGAACCCCUCGGUGGCUAUGGAGUGCUUCAUCUUCCUUUAGUACUCUUUCCAUGGAUUACUUGUUCAUUUCUUUUCUCUCGCCACUAUGCCACUCUCACUAGUUGCCGUGUGAUUUCUUGGCCAUUAUUAA